AUGCCGACGUUGGAUGACGACCCGCAGGUGCCAGUAUCCGGAAGCAACGACGUACGAGUAAGAAUAUUAGGCGCAACAGCGCCCAACGGUGAGCGGAGACCCCAGUGGGCACUAGCAGUACUAAGGAUGACGAGUGCUCUGAGAUUUUGCUUCGCGGCUGGAGCAAAGACUGUGGUGGAAAUGACGGGAUUCUUAGGUUCGUAG